AUGUUUAGAGCAGAUUCUGUUGAUUUGCCCCAUUCGAGUCCCGGAUUACUGAACACUUUUGAUUUGCCCGAGUAUCCGCGUUCAUUUGACACCGGUCUUCCGGCAGAACUAUGCAAUCUCUCCCUAGAGGUUGAUCUGACCUCAUUUUAUGAUAUGAAUGGCGAUUUUAAUAAUUCAACUAUAAAUUUCGGAGAAGCCAGUCGUUUGGAUGAGCUCCAAAAGGAGGAUAGCAACACAAAUCUAUACGAAUUAGCCUCUGCUGACUUUUUUCAGCUCGAAACUGUACAGUUGGAUGAGCCAAAUGAACAGCCUGUGGUUACGCAAUUGCCUGAAGAUCCAUGGUAA